AUGUCGAUACUCUCAGACGAAAUCAAAGCCAAAUGGCUAUUCGGCUCAACGGUGCCCUUUGCCGAGCCCGCAUGGGCUCGAGGAUGCCCCAGUCCAUAUUACAACGAUAGUCACCGACGCCUCCGCGCAGCAAUGAGAACAUGGGUCGACGAGAACCUCAUGCCCCAUACCAUAGAAUUAGAGACAUCACCAAGCCUCCCAGAUUCACUCUACGAGAAGGCAGCCAAGGAUGGUCUUAUCAUGCCCAUGGCGUCUGGAGCUACGAUUCCGCAAGAGUGGAGAGGAAAAUACCCAAUCAUCGGCAACGUUUCCGCUGAGGAAUGGGAUGGAUUCCACGACUUGAUUAUUCACGACGAGUUUGGUCGUGUCGGUGGAAUUGGUAUUGAAAAUGGUCUCGUUGGCGGUGCUGUUUUGGCCGUGCCAGCUCUCCAGAAAUACGGUUCGCAGCAGAUCAAAGAUGUCGUUAUUCCCGACAUUCUCUCCGGUCGCACCAGAAUUGCCUUAGCUAUCACUGAGCCUGGAGCUGGCUCUGAUGUUCAAGGUGUGCAGACAGAGGCGAGAGUUUCCGAGGACGGGUCACACUUCAUCGUUGACGGAGAAAAGAAGUGGAUCACAUCCGGCAUGUAUGCGCACUACUUCCUCACCAUGGUCAAGGAAGUAACAGGCGAAUUUACGCUAUUGGUCAUCCCACGAACGGAAGGCCUUACUACUAAGCAUAUCACGCUCUCCGGAUCGACAGCUGCUGGUACAGCCUUCGUGGACUUUGAAAAUGUUAAAGUCCCAAUUAACAUGGUCGUUGGCAAGCGUGGACAGGGACUCAAAUACGUCAUGUCCAACUUCAAUCACGAGAGACUUUUCAUUGGCAUUCAAGCUCUGCGAUGUGCUAGAGUUUGUUUGGAGGAUUCCAUCAGCCAUGCGAUGAACCGAGAAACCUUCGGCAAGAAGCUUGUUGAUCAUCCCGUUCUCCGCCUCAAAAUUGCCAACAUGAGUCGCGAGACAGAAGCCCUACAAGCGUGGAGCUUGAUUUACCAGAUCUCAAAGCUGUCUUCUGAAGAGGCUGUAUUCCUUCUAGCUGGUACAACUGCCCAACUCAAGGCCCAUGCUGGUAUUGUUCUGGAGCAUGUUGUACGGGAGGCAAUUCAGAUCAUGGGUGGCAUUGGUUUGACCCGUGGUGGUCGCGGAGAGCGCGUUGAGCGUAUCUGGAGAGAUGUCAAGGCCAUCACCGUCCCCGGAGGUAGCGAGGAGAUUCUUCUCGACUUGGCAACACGGCGCGCGUUGAACGUCACUGCGAAGCUGCAGGCAGAGGAAGCCAAGGUGGGCAAGAAUAAGCUGUAG